CGACGGGGUGACGUCAGGAUGCGCCUCUGCAGUUUCCCUCGAGCGUACGUACAUACGUACUGACGCACGCAUGGCCACGAGAGGGCGGGGAAGGAGUGAAGAGGUUAAGGCGCCCCGCCCAGUCAGCAGGGUUGCGCGUGCCCUGUGAGACCGCCAAGAUGGUGGUAGGCGCGUUCCCUAUGGCAAAGCUGCUAUACUUGGGCAUCCGGCAGGUCAGCAAGCCGCUUGCCAAUCGUAUUAAGGAGGCCGCCCGCCGAAGCGAGUUCUUCAAGACCUAUAUCUGCCUGCCGCCGGCUCAACUGUACCACUGGGUGGAGAUGCGGACCAAGAUGCGCAUCAUGGGCUUCCGGGGCACGGUCAUCAAGCCGCUGAACGAGGAGGCGGCAGCCGAGCUGGGCGCAGAGCUGCUGGGCGAAGCCACCAUCUUCAUCGUGGGCGGCGGCUGCCUAGUGCUGGAGUACUGGCGCCACCAGGCGCAGCAGCGCCACAAGGAGGAGGAGCAGCGUGCCGCCUGGAACGCGCUGCGGGACGAGGUGGGCCACCUGGCGCUGGCGCUGGAAGCGCUGCAGGCGCAGGUGCAGGCGGCGCCGCCACAGGGCGCCCUGGAGGAACUGCGCACAGAGCUGCAAGAGGUGCGCGCCCAGCUCUGCAAUCCCGGCCGGUCCGCGUCCCAGGCAGUGCCUGCGUCCAAGAAAUAGGAGCUUGCUGGAACCUGAGUUUGGACAUGGCCUACGUACCUAACGUGGCCUUCUUCCCGCACCACCCUUGCCUGCGCUGGCCCAGUGGAAACCACCAGGAUCUUGAUGCAACUUGGCAUUUGGUUACCUCUGCUGAUGAGAGCAGCGGUUACCUGGCAUUGGGACCAGCAGGUGAAGCGUUGCAACAUAGCCCCCUCCAUCAUCCUUCACCCCCAUCCCCCACUCCAAACCAGGACAACCUGCAAGGUCCCAGCCAGCAGGACACCGUGGGCACUCUGGCAAAUGAAAAAUGGAACCUGGUCUUGAGCUGAAUCAAUGUGUUAUUGUUACCCCCACCCCUGGUUUACCUGAUCAGUGUUAACCUUUACUGGGACACUCAUCUGUUACACUGGAACACCCCCUUCUUUUUGUCAAUCGGUACAGACCACUGUAAGGAAAUGCAGUGUGUUGCAGUGGCCUUUUCUCCCCCUCACCUUCUAAGAUCAGCUCUAGCUGAGCAUCAGUGCUCUCUUAAGGAGAAAAAAAAAUGUGCGGCCGGGAGCCAUGGCUCACGCCUGUAAUCCUAGCACCUUGGGAGGCCGAGGCGGGCGGAUCACUUGAGGUCAGGAGUUCCAGACCAGCCUGGCCAACAUGGUGAAACCCCAUCUGUACUAAAAAUACAAAAAUUAGCCAGGUGUGGUGGGGUGCGCCUGUAAUCCCAGCUACUCAGGAGGCUGAGGCAGGAGAAUUGCUUGAACCCAUGAGGUGGAGGUUGCAGUGAGCCAAGAUGGCAUCAUUGCACUCUAGCCUGGGCGACAGAGCAAGACACCGUCUUAAAACCAAAAGUUAACCGGGCGUGGUGGUGGGUACCUGUAAUCCUAGCUACUUGGGAGGCUGAGGCAGGAGAAUUGCUUGAACUUGGGAGGUGGAGGCCGAGAUUGUACCACUGUAUUCCAGCCGGGUGACAGAGCAAGACUGUGUCUCAAAAAAAAAAAAAAAAAAAGUCCUGGCUGGGCACGGUGGCUCACACCUGCAAUCCCAGCACUUUGGAAGGUCAAGGUGGGCGGGUCACUUGAGGUCGGGAGCUAGAGACCAGCCUGACCAAUAUGAUGAAACCCCGUCUCUACUAAAAAUACAAAAAUUAGCUGGGCAUGGUGGCAUGGACCUGUAAUCCCAGCUACUUGGGAGGCUGAGACAGGAGAAUUGCUUGAACCCGGGAGGCAGAGGUGGCAGUGAGCCGAGAUUGCGCAAUUGCAUGCCAGCCUGGGCAACGAGCAAAAACUCCAUCUUAAAAAAACCCACAAAAGGUCCUGGCCUGCAGUCAAUCCAUGGAAUCAUUGUACCUUCCCUUGAGACCCAACGUGGACUUUUCCCACAGAACCACCUCACCCUUGAGUCUGUGGCACAACCCACUGGAAUGGCGCUACAGGAUCUUUUCUGUGAAUGUCCUCCAACCCCCUUUCCAUGGUGGGACAUUUGAUCCUGACUAGGGCUAAUCUAGCCUGUCCUUCAGCCUCAGCCCCCUAUUUUCCUGUCCUCAGAGUCCCUGGAGCUUAUACUGUGUGGCGUGUCCUUUCUUGCCUUCCCCACCUUGUUCAGUAGCAUUUCUCGGGGCCCCAGUCGAAUCCAAGCCCAUGGAUUCAAUUGUCAAGUCCUUCAUCUUCCACACUUGAUCUUAACCAAAAGGCCGAGAAGCGAUAAGUCCUUCAUCUUCCAUCCGCAUCUCCUAAUCUGUGUGCUCUUGCUUGCUUUCCUCGGAGCUCUGGACUGACCCUACAGCCCGUCUUCAUGUAGCAGUACCCUCCUGCCUCCGUAGCCCCCGGUCCCAUCCCCAUCCUACCAAUUAGGCCACCAGCUGGCCUUAACUCCUUGAUUAAUUUCCUCAGGCUGUCAUAACAGAUCACCACUGGGUGGCGAACUUGAUGGCUUAAGUUCAGCAGGAAUUUAAUUCACACAGUUCUGGAGUCCAGAAGUCUGAAACCAAGGUGCUGACAGGGACACGCUCCCUCUUCCAGCUCCUGGUGAUUCCAGGCCUUCCUUGGCUCUGCCUACAGCUUCACAUGGCUUUUUUCCUCUUCUAUUUUGUCUCUUACAAGAAGACCUAUCAUUGCAUUUAGGGCCCAUCUUAAGUUCAGGAUGAUCCCACCUCAAGACCCUUAAUUACAUCUAAAAAAACACUUUUUCCAAAUAAACUGUCAUAAGCACAGGUCCUGGGGGUUAGUAUGUGGACAUGUCUGUUGGGGGCCCACCAUUCAAGCCAUUCAGCUCACUUUAUUCCUCCUCACCCCAAGAGUAUGCUGGCGUCCAGGUGCAGUGGCUCACACCUGUAAUCUCAGCACUUUGGGAGACCAAGGCAGGGGGGAUCUCUUUGAGCUCAGGAGCUGAAGACCAGCCUGGGCAACAUAGUGAGACCCCAUCUCUACAAAAAUAAAAAAUUAGCCAAGUGUGGUGGUUCAUGCCUGUAGUCCCAGCUACUUGGGAGGCUGAGGCAGGAGGAUCACCUGAGCCCUGGAGGUCAAGGGUGCAGCGAGCCCUGAUUGCGCCACUACACUCCAGCCUGGAUGACAGAGUGAGACCGUUUCUCAGGAAAAAAGUACCCUGGGAUUCCUGCCAACCCCGCGGGCCAUUUGGCCUUCCUGCUAGCUGAGAGGAACAGUCUAGGAACCACCCUUUUCUACUGGGUUUCUCUUUCAGGAUCUGCCACUGAAGCGGGAGGUGGGGGCGGGGGGGGGGUGACCACUAGCCUGCAGUCUGUCCUUCUGACUGUAGCUGUCUCCUCAUUAGAAGAGCUGCAAGGUGAUGAAGGCAUCCUGAGGCUGUAUCUGAGAACCAUCAUGUGGAUCUCCACAAUGGGUACAGAGCUUAUUAAAAUCAGGAGGGAAAGUGGGAGGGUUCUGAUGGGGAGAGGCCCAAGAGUCACCCUACGAGGUGGGGAAACUAAGGCCAAGGGUAAGCAAAGGGACUUGCCAGAGAUGCCACAGCCAGUGAGGGGCUGACUGCCCAGGGUGGUGAAGUAGUAGGGGCAGAGUGAGGGUCUUGGAUUACCCCAGCUGCAGAGUGAGGAGGGAGAGGCGAUGGCUGAGCAGAGGCUGGGAGGGUGGCGAUCUCUACACAGAGGCCCAGACCAUCCCAGAGGUGGCAUUGACAGUGGGAGACCCUCUCUAUCCCCGCUCAGGACAGCCCCGGAUCACACCUGAGAUCAUAGCAUUGUGUAAACGGGGUGACCAUUCCACCUGGGCCCGCUUUUGGGAAGCUGCAGGUGAGAGUGGGAGGGCCGGGCUUUCCCCGACUUCCAUCCUCACCUCCCUUCUCUAAAAAGGUAAAAAUGGCCUGGACCAAGAUCUGCCCAGAUAGAAAGCCAAGAAACAGUUUCUGAAACCUUUUCUUCUUUUCUCUUCUUUUCUUUCGGAGACAGAGUCUAGCUCUGUCACCCAGACUGGAGUGCAGUGGUGCAAUCUCGCCUCACUGCAACUUCCACCUCCCAGGCUCAACCAGUGCUCCUGCCUCAGCUUCCAAAGUAGCUGGGAUUACAUGCGCCCACCACCCACGCCUGGCUACUUUUUGUAUUUUAGUGGAGACGGGGUUUCUCCAGGUUGCCCAGGCUGGUCUUGAACUCCUGACCUCAGGUAAUCCACCCGCCUCGGCCUCCCAUUGCUGGGAUUACAGGCCUGAGCCACUGCGCCUGGCCUGAAACGGCAUUUCAGUUCCUUCUGGAAGCGGGGGAGAAGCUGGAGCAGAGGGAACUGACCGAGUGGGUCCUGAGUGGGGCUGUGUUUAAAACUGGGAGUGACCCAGGCCAGGUGUAGUGGCUCACGCCUCUCAUCCCAGCACUUUGAGAAGCCAAGGUGGACUGAUCACAUGAUGUUAGGAGAUCGAGACCAGCCUGGCCAACAUGGCAAAGCCCCGUCUCUACUAAAAAUACAAAAAUUAGCCGGGCGUGGUGGCACAUUCCUGAAUCCCAGCUCCUCGGGAGGCUGGGGCACGAGAAUUGCUUGAACCCAGGAGGCGGAGGUUGCAGUAAGCUGAGAUCGCGCCACUGCACUCCAGCCUGGGUGACAGAGUGAGACUCUGUCUCACAAAAAAAAAAAAAAAAAAAUAGGUGGGAAUGUGAAGACAGGCAGGAGCUCCAAUUCCUGACCCCAGCGCUGUCCUGACCCGUAUGGAGUGCUGCUCUCACAUCUCAGAGACUUCGCACUCAGCCCUGCCCUGCCCUGACAGGCAGCCAGUCCUCGUGGGCAGCAGGGCCAUCUACUUCCCCCACUGCGGUGUCAGGGGUGGCCAGGGUGUGUGGAAAUGGAAAGAACGUCCUCUCAAAAUGCAAGAGGCCAGAGGAUGGUUCACUGCUCGUGUGUUCUACUAGCUAAAAUUCUGUGUACCUUGCAAUUUGGGGAGAGGGGUUAGAAUAAAUUUGUAAA